AACCUUCAAGUCUGUCAAACCAGCACUUCAUAUAUUAAAGUGGAAGGUACCUGAUUUAGACUUCAAGCUCAAUGUGGAUGCCUCAUACGCGGAAGAUAGUGCGGCAGGAGGAGCUGUGUUGCGGUCCAGAUCAGGGAAAUUUCUUUGUGCUCUUCACUUUCCUAUUUCGGCAUCUUCAGCGUUAGAGGCAGAGCUUAUGGCGCUCUUUAGAGCGGUUUCGUGGGUUAUUGAUAAAGGAUUUACAUCAUUUGAGGUUGAAUCGGAUUCACAGCUGGCGAUAGAGGCUAUUGGGGAUUGUCGAAAGACUGGAAGAUGGAGGAAGAUGGUAUUGGAGGUAAGAAGCUGGAUGGUCCUCAGAGGGAUAAGGUUCAGACAUAUUCCACGUGAAGUCAAUAAGCCAACUC